UUCACUGCAGCGACAAGUUUUUAGAUCAGAGUCCAAACCAAUUCUUGCUCAUAGGAAGUCAAAACUUCGUCGUUGCUCMUGAGACGGRAAAAUGGCACAGAAAGGACUUCAGCUAGACGAGGACAAAUAUUCUUGUUCCAUCUGUUUGGAUCUGCUGAAGGACCCCGUGACMAUACCCUGCGGACACAGCUACUGUAUGAGCUGCAUCAGAACCCACUGGGAUGAAGAGGAUCACAGGAAMAUCUACAGCUGCCCCCAGUGCAGGGAGGCGUUCAAAAAGAAGCCYGUUUUGAAGAAAAGCACAAUCUUAGCGGAUUUAGUGGAGGAUCUCAAGAAAACUGGAGUCCGAGCUGAUCCGGAUGACCACUGYUAUGCCAGACCAGGAGAYGUGGCUUGUGAUGUUUGCACUCAAAGGAAGUUGAAGGCUGUUAAGUUUUGUUUAACCUGUCCCGCGGCUUACUGCGAGUAUCACCUCCAACCUCACUACGACGCUCCGCCUUUACAGAAGCACAAGUUGGUGGACCCUUCCAAGAAGCUCCAGGAGAACAUCUGCCCUCAUCACGGUGAGGCGAUGGAGAUGCAGGGUACCUGCUUUCUCUGCUUGAYGGAUGAAAAUAAAGACCAGAAAAAAGGAUCAGCUGCAGCAGAAACGUCUGGGAAGCAGAAGAAGCUUCUGGUGAGACGACAGCAAAUCCAGAAGGGAAUCUGGGAUCGGGAGAAAGAAAUGAAGCUGCUUCGGCAGGAGGUGGAGGCCAUCAAUGCUUCAGCCGAUAAAGCAGCGGAGRACAGCGAGAAGAUCUUCACCGAGCUGAUCCGUCUCGCCUCGAAAAGAAGCGCUGACGUGCAGCAGCAGAUUAGAUCCCAACAGGACAACGAAGUGAGUCGAGUCAGAGAGCUUCAGGAGAAGCUGGAGCGAGAGAUCACUGAGCUGAAGAAGAAAGACGCUGAGCUGGAGAAGCUCUCAAACUCAGAUCACAACCGGCUUCUCCUCAACUACCCCUCACUGUCAAUACCAAGGGAUGCGACACACUCAUCCAGCAUCAAGAUCCGUCCUCUGAGGUACUUUGAAGAUGUGACAACAGCUGUGUCAGAGCUCAGAGAUAAACUACAGAGCGUCCUGAGAGACACAUGGACAGACAUCUCAGACGCAGUCGCUGAAGUGGACGUUUUGCUGUCAGAACCAGAACCAAAGACUAGAGCUGGAUUCUUAAAAUAUUCRCAGGAAAUUGCUCUGGAUCCAAACACGGCAAACAGGCAUUUAUUAUUAUCUGACGGGAACAGAAAAGCAACGUUGCUGAAAGAGAAGCAGCUUUAUUCUGACCAUCCAGACCGAUUCACCGGCUGGCUCCRGAUCCUGAGCAGAGAGAGCUUGACUGGACGCUGCUACUGGGAAGUGGAGUGGAAAGGGAGGCGAGUUGACAUUGCGGCUUCAUACAAGUCAAUCAGCAGAGCAGGRAACUUAGAUGAAUGCGAGUUUCGAUCUAACUGCAAAUCUUGGUCCUUGUAUUGUGACAGAAACGGUUACACAUUUUGGCACAACAGGAUGAAGAGUCCAGUUUCRGGUCCCGCUUCCUCCAGAGUCGGAGUGUACCUGGACCACAGAGCAGGAACUCUGUCGUUCUACAGCGUCUCUGGAACCAUGACUCUCCUCCACAGAGUCCAGGCUGCAUUCGCUGAGCCGCUCCUCGCCGGAGUUGGGUUUUAUAAGGACGGGAUUUCUGCUGAGUUGAUGAAACUGAAAUAGUCCAAARGGAUUUGAGCUCAUUAUUGUGCCAUUUCUUUGUGUCACUCCUCUGAGAUGAACUCUUUAGGGUGCAAUGUGACUAUYGUUUUUUGUGGUUUUAUGUUGUUGGAGUUUGUUUAGGUGUCGUUCUGUGUUGCUUCUAGAUCAUCCCAGCCAUGAAGGAUAUUUAUCCAGCUAUUCCCUAACCACACAUUCUUACAUGAUUCASUUCUAGCCAGUAAAAUUGUAAAGUGAUGACAUUUAAAGCAGAGGAGUCCUGGUGGGACUCUAAGCUGGAGUAUGACGCCUGGCUGAAUCAUCUCUUGCACAGCAACCUUAAAUCAAUGUCAUGCCCCACAUGUUCUUGCCUCAUGUGUCACCUAAACAUAUUCCAACUCAUGUUAAUAUUCCUUAAUAAGCAAGAAAGAAGUUGGACAUUCAAAACAUUACAUGCUUCAGAAAAGCCUCAAAACUGCUUUCUCCUGACACCAGAAUUAUGGGGGGAAAAAGAAAUCGCUGCUCCUUUUCUAGUCACACAUAAGCAUCUGCCAAGCGCGUUGUUUCUUCUUAAACCAAUCCUGCCUGAAGCAAACUGUUUUACUUACACUGGCUCAGGAACAAACACCUCUGAGAAGACAUUUAUCCUGCAGCAUUUUCUAUCUUUACAGGCCAUCAGGCUGGCAGAUCGAUGUAAUGCCCCUUUCUAUUGUGGGUGCGAUUCCCUCUAGCAGAACUUAUGUAAACGUAGAUCAUCUCUGGUAUAGUGAAGUUUGCAGUGAAAUAUUUUAGAGAAUUUUAAGAAAAGAAUCCUCUUGUCCAACAGGAGGCGCCAAAGAGGCUGAUGAUAACUGAAGGAUUUCAAAACAGGACUUGUGCUAAAUUUCUACAUGUGACAAUAACCUCCUGCACUCGCUACAUGCCAAGAUAAAAACAAAUAUAUAUAUAUAUAAUGACAACAUCCUGACAAAAAUAUUCUAAAACCUUAGUAUUGGCGUGUAUUAUAGUGAGAAAAAGUAAAAAUUUAGGCCACAGUGAAAUAUGGUGGUGGCAGCAUCAUUCUCCUUUUUUUCAGCUGGAACUGUGUUUUUGUCAAAGUGAAUUAAGUUAACAUGUAACAUGUCAACAGACCCCCAGACAAGAAGUCAAACACGGAAAUGAAUCAAGAGAGUCUUGUCUGUACAUAUCCAACGAGGAUGUUGAACCUUUGGUUUCCAGUCUGUUUUAAAAUUUUUUCUUUGUAAGUGGGAAUAAAUGUGAUUUUUUUUUUAUUUAUUCAAUUGUUCUGGAUAAACGUCAUAUUAAAGGUCAAAUAAGCUUUGAAAGUCUUGACUUAUGACAAUUUGUUUUUACGCCAUAAACACCUGCCAGCAAAUUUACAAGGUUUACACGUUCUAAAACCGGCAAAUAAAAACGUAAAUUGAGAGGCGAUGAAAUUGUCGUUAAGUGGGAAAAUAUUCAUCUUUGAAGCAGCAUUUCUAAAAUACUUUCAUUGAUCAGAUAAAUAUAUAAAUGGUAAGAGAAAUAUUCAGACUCCUGAAACUGCAGGAAAAAAAAAAUCUGAUUUUGGGAUCGGUUUUGAACCCCAAUAAACUGACUCAGAGCCUUCAGGUGUUGAAUGUUUUAACCUAUAAACAUCACUCAAUAUGUCUGCAAACUGUAAUUUGUAGGACAGACGUCAUAUUUUAACAUGAAGUCAGUAUUUUAACAUGUUUUUUAUGUUUUCUCCAAGUGUCAAGUUGAGUGACUCUGCUGAAAUUUUGCCCAGGACAUGCAGUUCUUAAACACACGAUCAUUAUAGUUGUCUGGCGUAUAAGGAGCCUUUCGAGCAGAUGUAUUUUUGCUAUGAGUCAGCUGCAGAAAUAUGCCAAGAGCAUUUGUCAUUUUAGCUGACACAUUCAGGGAUUGCUAAUCAGAAAUGAGAGGCCUGUUUUCUAUACCUCUGCUUGAAAUAAAUAAAGCCAUG